GAAAGCCAAUAUUUUCAGUGGACAUUCAUCCAGAUGGGACCAAGUUUGCAACAGGAGGACAAGGUCAGGAUUCUGGGAAAGUUGUGAUCUGGAACAUGGCUCCUGUCUUGAAGGAGGAAGAUGAAAAGAAUGAAAAUAUUCCCAAGAUGCUUUGUCAGAUGGACAAUCACUUAGCUUGUGUGAACUGCGUGCGAUGGUCAAACAAUGGCGUUUACUUGGCGUCAGGGGGAGAUGACAAGUUGAUUAUGGUGUGGAAACGAGCUGCGUACAUUGGACCUAGCACUGUGUUUGGUUCUAGUAGCAAACUUACUAAUGUUGAGCAGUGGAGGUGUGUAUCGAUUCUCAGAAGCCAUUCGGGGGAUGUCAUGGAUGUAGCGUGGUCUCCACACGAUGCCUGGCUGGCAUCCUGUAGUGUGGAUAACACUGUUGUUAUCUGGAAUGCUGUCAAAUUUCCAGAAAUUCUUGCCACUUUGAAGGGGCAUUCUGGCUUGGUGAAAGGGCUGACCUGGGAUCCUGUUGGAAAAUAUAUUGCCUCUCAGGCUGAUGAUCGAAGUUUGAAGGUGUGGCGGACCAUGGACUGGCAGUUGGAAACCAGCAUCACAAAACCCUUUGAUGAG